AUGCAACUGAGGUCACAUCAAAAGAAGCAGUUAAAUCAAAGGGGACUGAUGACUGAAAAGAAAGAGACGGAACUCGGACGACUUCGGAGUACCCGAAGAAAGGAACUUCCUGGGGUGGAAAAGCAGAGCUCGUCUGAGCAAUCGACAGAAACCUCCAGCGCCAGCGUAGACACAGACGCGGCAAAUGCGAAUAUCCUCUGUAUUGACAUAAAAGACAUGAGCAGUAAUGCCCCAAACACGAAACCAUUAGCUGCAGAAAAGAUCCCUGAAGUGGAUGGCAACCAGAAUUUCAUCAUGAAUGGUUCGCCAGGAACUCCCAAGUCACCAACAUCACGCAACCAAGACCGGCCGCUCAGAGAACAGUGCCUAGUAAUACAGGGACUUCAGGAGCCUCAAGCAGAUACACCUAAAGAACGCGUAUUAGCUGAUCUCGGCUUGUUCCAAGGUCUUCUAAACACACUGCUUCAACCCGACGAAGAAAUUUCCGUGUUGAAAGCCUUCAGACUCGGAAAGCGCUCUACUGAACCCGCUAUUCCACCGCAUCCUAGGCCCCUUAAAAUUGUUCUGAGUUGCAAAGAGCAUGUUGAUCUCAUCCUCUCAAGACGUUUUAGGUUGAAAUAUUCCCACCAAGGAGUUUUUUUUCAGCCGGACUACACACCACCGGAGCGGAUAAAACGCCGACAGUUAGUUCAGGAGCUAAGGCUGCGACAAACGAAUGGCGAACAAGGCCUGGUUAUCUACAACAACUGCAUAAUCGAGCGACCGUCCCGCUUCGUAUGGACACGGCCCGUGCGUAUGUCGCCACAGCCGAGACAAUUGGCAAAGGCGGCGUCAUAG